CAACAUUCUUAACCCUCCACUGUCCCCCCCUCGCUUCUCCUCUUACACUUCAUUUACUACCGUCACCUCCACCCCACCCUCUUCCAGACUCUCUUCCUACACCCAUCAGCUGGCCUAACUCGUUCUUCUCAGAUUGUCGCAUGAACUUCCGCGGGGUGGUUCCGUUGAUAUACAUGUUUUAAGCUCAUAAGUCUUGGUAGUGAUGAAGAUUCAGUGCAACGUGUGUGGGGUGGCGGAGGCAAACCUCCUCUGCUGCGCCGACGAGGCGGCCCUCUGUCGGGACUGCGAUCAGAUAGUGCACGCCGCAAACAAGCUCGCCGGUAAACACCAGAGGGUUCAGCUCUCCAACUCGUCUUCGCAGAAGCCCAAGUGUGAUAUUUGCCAGGAAACAACUGGCUAUUUCUUUUGCCUGGAGGACCGAGCUUUACUUUGCCGGAAAUGUGAUUUUUCCAUACACACGGCGAAUACCUUGGUUUCAAGACAUCAGAGGUUCUUGCUCACUGGAGUUAAAGUAGGCCUCGAAGCUACUGAACCUGGAUCGUCAUCAUCCUCAGGGAGAACGCACUCUCAUUCUAAUGAGAAGAUCUCAGGAGCAGAAACUCGUCCUCCUACAGAGGGAACAACUCCAAUAUCGUCAAGUGGUCAACACAGCAAACAUUUGCCUGUCCAAGCUAGCAUGGUAGGAGGGAUUUCAUCAGCAGAUCUGCCUUUUACUGGAGGUUCUGCAGCUGGAAGUACUUCUCAGUGGCUGUUGGAUGAAUUUCUUGGAUUUGGGGAUUACAAUAAGAAUUACAAUUUCAUGGAUAACAGCUCAUCUAUGUUCUUCAUAAAACAUCAUACAUGGAAGAAAUGUGGAACAUUCUUACAGUAUCAACAACGUUCAGACCUAAUUUGCCUUUGGAAAAAUUCCAGCAGGGAGACGCAGACAACUCUCCAAUCCUACAAGCCACUGAUCAAGAAUUUGAGGGCGACGAGUGUAUUGCACAGGCUCCAGAUACAUUCUGGGCAGUGCCGGAGAUUCUUUCUCCACCCACAGCAUCUGGGCUCUACUGACCUAAGAAUUCUCAUAGUCAGUCUUACUCUGCUGCUACCUACGUGCCCGACAUAACUUCCUCUCCCGUCCACAACUUCCAGCACCCUCACUCGUAUUUUGAUAGCUCCAGCUGAAGGAGGCAUGGUGGCUGAAAAUCUUUGAAAUCCUUGCUUGUGCCAAAUCUUUCUUUCUUCUGUAAGUAGGUCUAUGUUGUAGUGAGAAUAUACACUCCCGGUUGUGCAAUCAAGACAGGAACGGUAACGUGUACGAAACUUUAAUAAGGUACUUACUACUUAGUGAACUGUGAUGUUUAGCUGUUGAUCAAGUCAAGCUUGUUUGUACUGCUCUCUUUUCAUGUAAGAUCUGGGCCUGUGUUCCUAAAUUUAGUUAGCUUGACUUGGGUGUUAGGGGAUGUUUGAGCUUACAAAUUUUUCAAAAUUGUUUAUACUUGACCUCUUUUUAUUAGGAUUGGGGCAAAAAAUAUUUACAUUAGU